UUUCUUUACGGCGCGCUCUUUUUUGUUUGUUUGUCGAUUUUUUCAUGCUUGUUGAAUUUAUUUGAAAAAUUUGAAGAAACAAAAAAAAACUAAACAAAAUGGGUAUUCUUGGUCUUUCUCGUUUGAUAGCCGAUGUAGCACCGGAAGCAAUUAAAGAGAUUGAAUUAAAAUCAUUGUUUGGUCGCCGUAUUGCAAUCGAUGCUUCAAUGUGUAUCUAUCAAUUUUUAAUUGCCAUUCGUAGUAGUGAAUAUAUGAUGACCAAUGAGCAAGGUGAAACUACUUCACAUUUGGUCGGUUUAUUUUAUCGAACAAUCAAAUUGCUUGAGACUGGAAUCAAACCAGUUUAUGUUUUUGAUGGUAAAGCACCGAAACUUAAAUGCGGUGAAUUGGAAAAACGUGCUGAACGUCGUACCGAAGCUAAAGAUAAAUUAGAGGAAGCAAAAGAAUUACAAAAUGUUGAAGAUAUUGAAAAACUUAAUAAACGAUUAGUGAAAGUAACUAGAAAACAUUCGGAUGAUUGUAAACGAUUAUUACAAUUGUUGGGCAUACCAAUUGUUCAGGCACCAUCUGAAGCUGAAGCUCAAUGUGCUCAAUUAUGUAAAGAAAAUCUUGUAUAUGCUGCUGCAACUGAAGAUAUGGAUGCAUUAACAUUUGGUUGUCCUCGUUUGAUACGAAAUUUAACCUCCGGUCAGAAUGAAAAAGUAAAAGAAUAUCAAAUCGGUAAAGUUCUUACCGGUUUAGAUAUUAGCCAAGAUCAAUUUAUAGAUUUAAGCAUUUUAAUGGGUUGUGAUUAUUGUUCAAAUAUUCGUGGUAUUGGUGGUAAAAAAGGUCUUGAUUUAAUACGAAAAUUCGAUUCAAUUGAAGGUAUAUUGAAAAAUAAAUUCGGUAUCGAAGAAUAUGUAGAUGUUGAAAUUGAAUACAGUAAUCGAAAAAUCGAACCGAAAAAGGAAGAAGAAGAAGAAAACAAUGAUGAAGUAAAGAAAAAUGGUAACGUCGAAGAACAACAAUCUGUUCCGAAAAUGGAAAUUUCUGACGAAAUCAAACAAGAAAAUGAUAUUGCAGAAGAUGAUGAAUUUGCUUCCAAAUUCAACAAUAACGAUUCUGAUCAGGAUGAAAAUGAAGAUAAAAAUAAUGAUGAUAAUGGUGAUGAAGAUUUGAUGGAACAAAAUGAUUCACCAAAAAAAGGUAAAACAAAUAAAAAACAAAUGGUACCGGAAAAUUGGCCAUUUCGUGGUGCACGAAAAUUAUUUCAACAACCAUUGGUUAUUGUAAAUGAAAUUACUGAAAAUGAUUUAAAAAUGAAAGAUAUCGAUGAAGAAGGUAUGAUACAAUUUCUUUGCAUUGAAAAUGGUUUCAAUGAAGAUCGUGUACGAAAAUCAUUGAAACGUGCACGAGAAUCAAAACAGAAAGGUGCACAAACGCGAAUCGAUACAUUUUUCAAAAUGAUGCCAUCAUCAUCGAAUAGUCCUAAUAAACGACCAAUUGAUAGUAAAAAUUCGAAUGGUAAAAAAAAUUCAAAUAAUAAACGUGGACGUCGUGGCCGAUGAGAUAAUUGUUGAUUCUCAUUUUUUAAUGUGAUCAAACAAUUCAUAUUUAUUUAUAUUUUAAUAAAA